CACCCCACCCCGACCUCCUACCCCUCAGAAAUGCGGGGACUGCGCGGCAGCGCAUGGGCUGCGCUUUGUCUCCUCCUCUGCUGCUGCUGGGCGCACAGCCCCUCCACUGGCAACAUCUCGGUGGUCAAGGACAUUGUGGACAAGCUCCUCAAAGGCUAUGAUGUCCGCCUGCGGCCCGAUUUCGGAGGGAACCCAGUGGUGGUGGGAAUGAGCAUCCACAUCUCGAGCAUUGACCAGAUUUCCGAAGUCAACAUGGACUAUACCAUCACCAUGUACUUCCAGCAGAGCUGGCGGGACAAGCGACUCGCCUACGGCGAUCUGCCGUUCAACCUGACGCUCGACAACCGAGUCGCCGACCAGCUCUGGCUCCCAGACACCUACUUUCUGAAUGACAAAAAGUCCUUCCUGCACGGUGUAACUGUCAAAAACCGCAUGAUCCGCUUGCACCCGGACGGCACCGUCCUCUAUGGCCUGAGGAUCACAACAACCGCUGCCUGCAUGAUGGAUCUCCGGAGAUACCCCCUGGAUCAGCAGAAUUGCACCCUGGAAAUUGAGAGCUACGGCUACACCGUCGACGACAUUGUCUUCUUCUGGCAAGGAAACUCUUCGGCUGUGACAGGGAUGGAGGUCUUGGAGUUGCCCCAGUUCACCAUCAUCGAGCAGAAGCUGGUCACCCGUGAGGUGGUCUUCACCACUGGGUCCUACCUCCGCCUGUCGCUCAGCUUCCGCAUCAAGAGGAACAUCGGUUACUUCAUCCUGCAGACCUACAUGCCCUCCAUCCUCAUCACCAUCCUCUCCUGGGUCUCCUUUUGGAUCAACUAUGACGCUUCGGCCGCCCGGGUGGCCCUAGGGGUGACGACCGUCCUCACCAUGACGACCAUCAACACCCACCUCCGGGAGACGCUGCCCAAGAUCCCGUACGUCAAGGCGAUUGAUGUCUACCUGAUGGGCUGCUUCGUCUUUGUCUUCCUAGCGCUGCUGGAAUACGCCCUGGUGAACUACAUUUUCUUUGGGCGAGGGCCCCGCCAGCAGAAGAGACGUGCCCGGCGUCUGGAGCCCCGGACUCAGCCCGACCCGUAUGGUAACCUCCUCCUAGCUGGCGUCUCCGACAGCAACUGCCCGCUCUUCUCCACAUCACCCUCACCAGACAUGCGCCCCUGUGGCCUGCGUGGGUUCGAAUCUUCAGGCACCGCCCUACACUCCCGGAAGGCACCCGCCUGCCGCACCGCCCGGGCCAACUGCCGCCUGCGCCGGAGGUCCUCCAAGCUGAAGCUGAAGAUCCCCGACCUGGCUGACGUCAGCACCAUUGACAAGUGGUCCCGGGUUCUGUUCCCCAUCACCUUCGGCUUCUUCAACCUCCUCUACUGGUUGUACUACGUCAAUUGACGUCCAACAGGGAGAGCGCCAGGCACCGGGUUCUGGUCCUGCCCCCACUCCUACCCCAGCCUUGCCUCCUCUCCAUUUCCCAUUCGUCCUGUCCCCUCACAGUCCCUUCCUCUUCCCUUAAGAGUCACUUCCUGUACACUCUCAGGCACUUCCUGUUCCCUUAAGGGCCCUUCCUGUUCUCUCACAGCCCCUUCCUGUUAU